AUGCCUCGUAGACGCUCGUGGCUUGGACUCAGUGUCCAGAGCCUAUCACUAUCGGCAGCAUUACUAUCAGGUACUGCGUCGGCCGUCGGCUAUCAGCCACUCCCCCAACAAGUUCCCAUCAUCCCGCCAUUAGUACCCUUGGAUGGGGCUGAAGCUACACCAAACACACAUGAAUUUUCUCUGCGUCACAUUUUCCAUCGUGGUACCUACGAACAACCCGACCUUCAUGCGAGACUCGACAUCACGCCCGACACACGCCUUCGAGCUAUAUCCGAAGAUGGGGCCGAACUGGAAUACGUUGCAUCGGAGUCUCCUCUGUUGGCUUCAUCCAGUCCCCUUACAAUACAACGGUUGGUCGACCGUCGGCUUUCUGUAAUCCAGGGUCACUUAUCAGCUGCACGGACUUCGGGCUUCGCAACUACCUUGUCUCCAUUAGAAUGGGUCAUGGAUACCUUGCCCGGGCCGAAUAUCACGGACAAGCAGACAGUCUUGACAUUUGCGCAAAUGACCGCGAACGACUACAUUCAAGAACCCGGAACGGGAGAGUGGCACACCAUCCAUGGCCAAUUCAAUUAUUCGGGGAGCUUUGGUUGGCAAAAGGACGGCCUCAGAGGACACAUCUACUCCGAUAAGACAAAUAGUACUGUUGUCAUCUCGCUGAAGGGCACUUCCCCGGCCCUCUUUGAUGGUGCCGGUACCACAACAAACGAUAAAAUCAACGAUAACCUGUACUUCAGCUGUUGCUGUGGCCAGGGAGGUUCCUACUUAUGGAGACAAUCCUGCGAUUGUCAGACCGCUACAUACACGGCAAACUUGACUUGCAUCAUCGAUUCUAUGACGGAUGAAAACCAUUACUAUCAAGCAGCGAUAGACCUUUACUCAAACGUCACUGAACUUUAUCCCCAGUCGAAUAUCUGGAUGACCGGCCAUUCUCUGGGUGGCGCAAUGACCAGCUUAGUUGGACUGACAUUUGGGUUGCCUGUGGUAACUUUUGAAGCCGUCCCAGAAGCAUUACCCGCAGCUCGACUUGGCCUCCCGAGUCCUCCAGGCUACGAUCCACGACUUCCGCAAACCCGGCAGUACACUGGAGCUUACCAUUUUGGACAUACAGCAGAUCCAAUCUAUAUGGGAACCUGCAACGGUAUCAACUCUAUAUGUACAUGGGGCGGUUAUGCGAUGGAGUCAGCAUGUCACACGGGACAGAUGUGUGCGUAUGAUACUGUUGCAGACAAGGGCUGGCGUGUCGGGAUUGGCACUCACAAGAUUGAGAACGUGAUAUCUGAUGUCAUCUUGAAAUAUGAUGAUGUCCCUCCUUGUGUUGCAGAGGAGGAAUGCUUCGACUGUGAACUCUGGAAAUUCUUCCGCAGCAACGGGUCUGAAGUUACGACUACCACAACCACUAGCACUGCGACGUCUUUCACUAGGACUUCUACAUGCAAGACCCCGGGGUGGUGGGGUUGUCUAGACGAAAGCACAACCGCUACCACUACAACUACCUCAUCACCGACGAGCACUGCUACUACCACAACAUGCAAGACACCUGGCUGGUUCGGGUGCAAUGAUCCCACCAGCAGUACAACAGCCGCCCCAGCGCCGACUGUGACCACCACUUUGCCCACUGUGACCGCGACUAGCACCUGCCGCGAUCCAGGGUGGUUCGGUUGCCGUGACAAAACGAGCACCACGGCCACAACUACCGCUAACUCUGUCCUGAUUUCCUCUUCUGCGACUUGUCAUAGCCCCGGAAAAGUCUGGGGGUGUUGGGAUGAGUCAACCACCACGCCUGCAAUCACAUCGGCACCCAUCCCUACCAGUUAA